CGGCUCGCUUCAGUGCUGUCAUUGUCUAGGCUGUGUACAUAUUAUUUAUGCAUAGAUCAUGAACCUCGCUCUUUUGAAUGGUUCCUCCUCCCAACCUCCUUCUUUGGCCCAAGUCUCUGAAGUUCUCUGCUCGAGAGCUCAAGUCUCCGCCCUCCGAGAGCAGCAAGAAAAGCCCAUCAUGUCUCUGGUCACGGGCAAUGACACCUUCGUUGUGCUCCCUACCGGUGGCGGGAAGACUCUCAUUAUGCUGGCCCCCCUUGUGAUCGCUGAUGCUAUGGGCCAGCCCGGCAAAGCCUUCAUCAUUGUUCCGACCAAAAUACUUGCAGACCAACAGGCUGAAGAGGCUCGCAAGUAUGGCCUUCACGCACAGUCCAUUACCGAAGAUACUGUCCGCAUAGCGGCCGCUUCUCUGCCCAGUCGUGACUUGUUCCAGGAGUUUGCGAACCAGAGUGGAGUGGCGGUGGCGAUCAUGAGCCCGCAGAUGAUGGGUGGAGAUCGGGUCAAUAAGUUGAUGCAGUCGGAGGCAUUCCGAACACUUGUUCGGUGGGUUUUUGGUCGAUGAAUCCCAUCUGGUGGACGAGCAGGGUUCGACCUUCAUCGUACCAUACAAAACUCUUGCAUCGUGGAGGUCUCGACUAGGAUCCAAGACAGUGUGGGGAGCAUUUACAGGGACUGCUUCCCGUUCUCGUACGCCCCACAUUACAAAAGCACUCGGUUUCAUCAAUGAAGAGUUUGUAUAUACUCGCUACCCUAUCGACCGUCCCAAUAUCAAAUAUCUCCCC